AAAGUUGUUACAUCUACAACACAAGGAACCAAAAAGGUUCUUGCUACACCAAAGAUAACAUUUGUUGGUGGAACUCAGCUGAAAACAACUGGUGUAAAGACUGAAGAAAUCAAAGUUGAAAACAAGACAGAGACUGCUGAAGCAACCAAACCAAUGGAAGAUGAAUUGAACAUUCUUGGUGAAAAAGAGGUUGCUCCUGUUGGACAUGAAUACAUUGAAGAAAUGAAGAAUGAACUUGGUAAAGUAGUCAGUUUCAACUGCAAGCUUUGUGAAUGUAAAUUCAAUGAUCCAAACGCCAAAGAAAUGCAUUUAAAGGGAAGAAGACAUCGUCUGCAAUACAAGAAAAAAGUUGAUCCUAAUCUUCAAGUUGAAGUUAAGCCAAGUAUUCGAGCUAGAAAAGUACAGGAAGAUAGAAUGCAUCGUCCAUCAUUUAAAGAUGAAAUGUGGAGAAGACAACAAGAAGAAAGAUGGAGAGGUGAAAUGGAAGAAGACAUGUACUGGCAUAGACACUUUGAUAUGGAAUUCCAUGGACCAAGACGACCAGGAAUGAUGCCUCCAAGACCAUUUAUGGCUGGUCCUGGAAUGGGGAUGGGUAUGGGAAUGCCACUGAGGAGACCAGAUUCUGGUGACGACAGGAGAGUAAUGGCCAAGCAUGCAACUGUAUAUCCAACAGAAGCUGAACUACAAGCAGUACAAAACAUUGUCACUACCUGUGAGAAAGCUUUAAAGCAAGUUUCUGAUCUAUUAGCUGAAAGCGAUGCCCCAAAAACUGAAGUUGAAGUAAAGAAGGAGAAAGAACCAGUCAAAGAUGACAAGGAUAAUGAAAAUGAUGAAAGUCAGUCUCACAGAACACUGAAGGGAGUCAUGAGGGUGGGAGUUUUGGCUAAGGGCCUCCUGCUUCAUGGUGAUUUGAAUGUAAACUUGGUAGUUUUGUGUUCUGAAAAGCCAACUAGAACUUUACUGGAGAGAGUAGCUGAUGGUUUGGCAAAACAGCUGGCAGCCUUACCCGACAAUAAAUUAGAGGUGAAGCGAUGUGUCGAGGAAGCAGCAAUUAUUGUUACAAGUGACGAAGAACCAAAAACAACAUGUACCAUCACAUUAUCAUCACCAGUAAUGAGAGAUGCUAAUCUGGCUGAGGGAGAAACAGCACCACUAGUGAAGGAUCCACCAGAUGUACUGGACAAAAAUAAAUGUUUAGCAGCCCUUGCAGCAUUGAGACAUGCUAAAUGGUUUCAAGCCAGAGCUAAUGGCUUACCCUCUUGUGUAAUAGUCAUCAGAAUUAUGCGAGAUCUUUGUCAGCGAGUACCUACAUGGACACCAUUGGGUGAAUGGGCUCUUGAACUGCUAGUAGAGAAAUGUAUCAGCAGUAGUGGACAGGUAUUGAGUCCUGGAGAUGGAUUACGACGAGUAUUUGAAUGUAUUGCAUCAGGGAUCUUGUUACCUGGUGGACCAGGAUUAUGUGAUCCCUGUGAGAAAGAGCCCACUGAUGCGGCUGGAUCACUCAUAAACCAACAGCGAGAGGAAAUCACUGCCUCAGCUCAGCAUGCCUUGAGAUUAAUAGCUUUUAGACAGAUCCACAAAGUUCUUGGUAUGGACCCUGCUCCUCUACCCAAGUUCAAUAAACAGAGAUUCAAUCCUAGAAAGCGACGAAGAGCCAACAGUGCCAGUGGUGAAGUUGAUGCAGAAGUUGGUGAAAAGAAAGAUAAGAAGGAA